AUGGAAAAAAACACCACAGUGUACCGAAAAAUCAACGAAAACUACAGCAUAACGAAUGCAGAACUACUAGCUAUCCGAGAAGCGCUAAAAUACGUACAAAACGAACAGCUAUGCGAAGUGGUAAUCAUAACGGAUUCGAAAAGCGCGUGCGAAGGCAUCCUCAACCAAGAAAAAGCUAACGACAACUUUCUAAUUUUCGACAUAAACAAAAUGAGAAACCAUUUACAAGACCGUAGAAUUAAAAUUCAAUGGAUCCCAAGCCACAUAGAAGUACGAGGAAAUGAACUAGCAGACCGAGCAGCAGUUCAGGCAACGAAACAAAUACAAGACAUGUUCGAAAGUCUAACACUGGGGGACACACUACGGUUGGCCAAAAAAGCGAUGUGGGCUAAGUGGACACGGCUGUAUCAAGAAAUGUCACACGAAAAAGGAAAAUAUCGAUUCCAACUAAAUAAUGAACCGGAAACCAGCGUUUGGUGUAGCAACAUGAACCUUAACACGCACGAGAAAACAUUAUCAAGAAUCAGAACUGGCCAUUGUCUAACAAAAGAUCGCAAAUACACAUGGAAAUGGAUUGAUAAUGAAAAUUGCGAAACCUGCCGCAUGAAAGAGGACAUCGAACACAUCCUGUUUCACUGUGCGAAAUACAACACCAUAAGAACAAAAUACGACAUACUAAAUAACCGGAAACCACUAAAAGAUAUACUCAAGGAUAGCAUCGAAAAAGAAUACAAAAUGAUAACCAAAUACCUCACGGAAUGCAAAAUACGAAUAUAA